ACCUUUUGGCUUUCGAAAGAUUGCUGACUGCUCUACUCGAACGCAACAUAUUCUUUUUUACUUCCCUCUCACACCUUAAACAAAAACCCAUUUCAAUUUUAAUCAUUAUAGUUUCAAGCCUUCCUCUUAUGGAAAAUCAACAACAACAACACCAGCAACAGGAACAAUCUUUGGUGAAGUCUAGAUUCCGGCGUGUUUGUGUAUUCUGCGGUAGCAGUCCAGGCAGGAAUCCGAGCUACCAGCUUGCUGCAAUCCAACUUGGGAGACAACUGGUUGAGAGGAACAUUGAUCUUGUCUAUGGAGGAGGAAGCAUUGGACUGAUGGGCCUUGUCUCUCAGGCUGUAUUUGACGGUGGCCGCCACGUGUUAGGAGUAAUCCCAAAAACCCUUAUGCCAAGAGAGAUUACAGGGGAAACUGUGGGAGAAGUAAGAGCUGUUUCAGGGAUGCACCAAAGAAAAGCUGAAAUGUCUCGCCAAGCUGAUGCCUUUAUCGCCUUACCUGGUGGCUAUGGAACACUGGAAGAACUCCUUGAAGUGAUCACUUGGGCUCAGCUUGGAAUCCAUGACAAACCCGUGGGGUUGUUGAACGUUGAUGGAUACUACAACUCGCUGUUAUCGUUCAUAGACAAAGCUGUUGAUGAGGGAUUCAUAGCACCGGCCGCCCGUCACAUAAUUGUCUCUGCCCAAACUGCCCACGAACUCAUGUCCAAACUCGAGGUACAUAAACAUCGUCCUCUUAGCCAAUAGCAUCAGUCCACGUCAGAUUCAGACCAAUCUGAGCAGUCAAUUUUUGGUCUUCUGAAUUUGAUCAGGAAUAUGUCCCCGAGCACUCAGGUGUCGCCUCCAAGCUAAGCUGGGAAAUGGAGCAGCAACUGGGUUACACCGCAAAAUCGGAUAUUGCACGUUAACCCGACCCGGUGGAGGAUUUUUCAGGGAUCAAUGAUUUGUGACCGUAUAUUUUUAGUGAGUCUCCAACAUGACCGCACAGAAGAAAGUUUCCACUUCCACCACAGUUUUUUUCUUCUAACUGGCUGUGGAUUUUGUACUUUUGUGAAUUUUUAGAUUUAAUGUGACCGGAAUGAACAAUUCCAGGGACCUUAAUUAAAGUCGGUGAUUGCCGAUUGUGUAUAUUUGAAUAUUGUUUUCGUUUUUCUUGAAAUGAAGGGUUGUUAUGAGUUGCUUUCAUAAAAGGAAUUGAUGGGGGAUGGAUGAAUAAAGGAAGGAUCUUUUU